CGAGAAGUAUCAGAAGGCUUAAAAAUCUAAAACAAAAUCCGAUCGUCCAUUUUAGCCGAGUGAAGCGAGCAUCGUAGCCUGUUGCGCCGUAGCGGCGUAGCGCCGUAACGAGCGUAGCCAGUUGCCAAGCGUGAGUCUUUCCGCCCGCCCGCUACGCCGCUCUUGCCUACUUUCGUACUCUAAAUUUAAAUUUUCGAAAAGUGCUUUUGUUCUUUCGUUGGUGUUGGUUUUUUUCGUUAGUGCGAUACGAUUUUUUUGCAAAUGUAUGUUUUUGGAACUUUGGUUGAUAGUGUUUAGUUUUUAAUGAAUUAAUUAUGAACUGAUUUGGAAGUUUUCCUGAUUAAUGGACGUAAGCCGCGAUCACACGAUGCUUCCGGACGGGAGCCGGACGGCGGGCAUCCGUCAGGCCGGGGCCUUAUCUCGCAAGACUCCAGGCGUUUGAGGCGUCCGGCAGAUAACCGUAGACAAUAAUAGAGCCUUCGAUACCAUAAUGAACUCGACGGAAAGCCUGGACGUCAAUAGAUCUACACCGAUAUACACCAUCGGCACGACUUUUAUUACACAAUGGAAGCUGUUAAAGCUGAAGCAACGCACGUGCCUACCGACCGACAGUCCCAGCGAGUGCCAGAACAUCUACCUCCUCAACGGGUCUAACUACUCCGACGUAUACUACUAUAACAAUUCCUUGGACAACAAUGGGCUGGAACCAAUACUCCCACCAUUCCCUCUGUGGCUGGCCGCGAUCUUCGCAACUUGCCUUCUGCUGGUCAUCCUGCUGACAGUCAGCGGCAAUGUCCUGGUGCUCAUGGCCUUUCUUGUUGACCGCACUAUUCGUCAACCCAGCAACUACUUCAUCGCCUCGCUCGCUGCCACAGACCUUCUCAUAGGUACAAUAUCCAUGCCAUUUUACACAGAUUACGUUUUGAAAGGCUACUGGCAUCUCGGCCCUCUAUUGUGCGAUCUCUGGCUGUCCGUCGACUACACCGUUUGUCUAGUAUCUCAAUACACCGUGCUCCUUAUUACCGUAGACAGAUUCUGCAGCGUUAAAAUAGCAGCUCGAUACAGGGCCUGGAGAACUAAGAACCGAGUUAUUUGGAUGGUGACAGUCACCUGGAUUAUACCAGCCUUAUUGUUCUUUACAACUAUUUUUGGAUGGGAACAUUUCAUCGGCUACAGGGAUUUGCAAGAAGGAGAAUGCGCUGUACAGUUCCUAAAGGAUCCCAUUUUUAACACAGCUUUAAUUAUUGGAUAUUACUGGACUACAUUGAUUGUCCUUAUCGUGCUAUACGCGGGAAUAUUUAAGACUGCUUAUGAUAUGCAAAAGAAAAGUGAGGCAAAACAAAGAAAGAUGCAAUCUAUGGUGGCUUUGAGCGCAGGUGUCAUGUCAGGAAUGGCUGGAAGGGCUGCAGGCAUGGCGGCACUUUCUAAAGCUACAAUUUCUAGUGAAGAUCAAAUGAAGGUAUCCGAAUCUAUUAGAAAAGAUUCAACUUCGAAGGGCUCUUUAGCAGCACCGUUGCUUACACUUGGAGGAUCGACUGAUUCUAAUUCUAGUCAAAAAUCAUCAGCUCACAAAAGUAGUGCUACUGUUACUGCCACAUCAACAACCGCAGAAUCAGACGGAGAUAAGAAAGAAGAUCAAGUAGAGGCGGAAAGAUCUAGUAGUCCUGCUUUCGACUCCGAUGAUGAAAGCACUACACAAACCAACGUCAAAAAGCGACCGUCUGUAGCCAACCUCGUAAUGCAAACCGGAGCACUCCAACUGCUCAACAACAUGCGCAUGAACGGCGGAAUGAUGAUUAAAACAGAUUUAAAACAAACCCCUGUAACGAAACAAGAACUUGAUAAACCUAAAUCUUCUCUAUCACAGAUAUCCGAGAAGAGUUUACUUGACACUGAUAACCCUGACACGUCUCAAACUGGACGAACCAUGCAAGCGCCGACAGUGCCUCCGUCAAACACUAGCGUCACCUCACCCACGUCUUCAGGCAUAGCUACGCCGUCUGAACAACGAGAAGUGUCGACUACUAUUGCUCAAAGAAUUAUACCUCCACCUACUGAGUUCAGGUGCAGCCCGCCUGUAUCCGAAAGCCCUCCUUCUUAUUCCGAAUCCUCUCGAGCAAGAACUGUUAGAGUAGUAAAAGAUGGCAAUACUUAUGACGUACUAGUUGGAAUGGACGGCGCUGAUUUGAGAUACAUGGAUGAGAGUUCAGUCAUCGUUCCUACACCGACUAACGAAAGUCCUCCCUCUUCUGUGACGUUUCCAACUGCAACUGAACCUUCAUCUCCACCAACUUUGAACAAUGCAACCAAUGUAACUAAUACUUCCCUUUUGCAAGCAGCUCUUAUUAGAGCUACAGCGGAGGCCAAAACGCCGGCGCCUAAAACGAGCUUCUCACCGCCACCGCCGAUAAAAGUAAACACAGAAGUUAGUUUGACGACGGGAGAGCGACCCAAACCAGUGAUCACUUUAGUGUCAACGUCUUCCAAUAAUAACGAGCAGCAGUCACCGAAGCGGCCUGAAAUUAUCUCACCAUUGAAACUAAACGCUUGCAUAAUGCCGGCCGUGGAAAACAGCGAAGCGUCCAGCCCCGCCGUUACUGGGUCAGGCCGUGGUGACUCGAAGAAAGAGUUUGUUAAAAACAUUGGAAAGAAAUUAAAAGUUAAACGUUCGAAGCGCGACGGCCUGUUCCCGAGCAUCGGGCGCCAGAAGUCGAAGUCGGAAAACAGGGCAAGGAAGGCGUUUAGGACCAUUUCGUUUAUUCUCGGCGCGUUCGUAGUAUGUUGGACGCCUUAUCACAUUUUAGCUUUAGUGGAAGGUUUCUGCACAGAUCCGCCCUGUACGAACAAGCAUUUAUACAUGUUUACAUACUUUUUGUGCUACGCUAAUAGUCCUAUUAAUCCUUUCUGCUACGCCCUCGCUAACCAGCAAUUUAAAAAGACCUUCACAAGACUCCUUCGGGGUGAUUUCCACAUCACCUAGUCCAUGUAUGUGGGGCAUAAGGCGUGAAUUUACCAACCCCCGAGCUGCGCGCACAAUUUUGAAUGACUAUUUAAUGUUGUUUAUGAUAAGACAAUACUGUAUUUUAAAUUCAGUAAGAACGCUUUCAGUGUAUAGAAUGAAAUGUGUAGAAAGUGUAUUAAGAUGUAUAGGCUUUCUAAAAGCCAAAAAAAAACUGAUAUUAGCGACUGUAAAUACUGUUUGUUUGUAAGUUAAUUUCAGUCAUAAAGUUCAGAACUGACAAUAAAAUGUUAGAGUGUGUAUAUAAAAGUUGUAGUCAUGUAUGUAUACUUCAAGUCUCUUUAUAAUUCUAGCUAAGAACCUUACAAUAAUCAGUUUAAGUGUCGCUUUAGAGUCAAAGCCGUUGUAAAAACAUAAUAGACAUGUAUUUAUAUCAAAAUGAUGUAUGAUCGACCGUUUUAAAUUCAAAGUCUGUAUUGUUAUGUGGCUAUAAAGUUUGGAUGCUUUAUUUUUCUAUAACAUAAAAAAACUUAAGAAAAUUUAUGCGAACAAUUGACUGUUUUCAAUCGACAGUUGCCGAAGACCGGACAAAGUGGAGCAAAGCAAAAAAAUAAUGAUAAUAUUGUAGAAAAAAUAAAACCUUAUAUGAUGAUUUUUUUACUUUUUUAUAAAUAGCCACAUAACAAACGACGGAACGCUUAAAAGCUUUAAGCACGAGCCCAGCUAAAGUUUUUCAGCGUCAAAAAAUAAAAUAGUCAAUUAUCUGUUAGUAUAAGCAUUGUUAGUACUAAGGGCCUAAACCGUUUCUAUAAAGUGUAGACUCGAUAUUUUUAGAUUUUAGAUUUUACGUAAUCACAAAUUAAAUUAAAUGAUCAAAAAGCAGCAAGCAAGUGAUAUUUUUUGCAAAAUUAAACAAAAUAUCAAAUCUACGCUUUCUCGAGGUUAAUAUUUAUUCAAUAAACUUUACUGUGCAAAACACAUUUUUAACACAGAUUGAGAAAGAAUGAGAUUUUUCUACGAAAAAAACACCGUUGUAUGAAUUUGUGGAAAAGUAAAAAAAUACAUUAGAUGUUAAAAAUGUAAGGUAAAUAUGGAUAAGUGUGGCAGCGGGGUAACUGCGGCCGGCCUUUACACAUUGAUUAGUGUAUAAUGCGAGUUCAUUCAUUUGCCACUAAUCGCGAGUAGCAAAAAAGCUAUCCAAACUUACGGCCCGAUUCGAAGAAUGAAAUACGAUAACGAUAAUAUCUGGUUUAGAUAAGUUCUAAUUUAGAUAUCAUUUUUAUGUCGUAUAAUUGACAGAAGCAGCUCGAUGCGGGCAACCAAUGUCACUUUGGCGUUAGAAAUAUCGUAGAUAGAUCUUAUUGGGAUCACAGUGGAAUCUAAAUAAACGUCAAUUUUGACAUGUUGUUUAGUUAUCGAUCUUUUAAAGAUCUUUCCAUGAUCUUAGACGUGUCUUAAUCAUUCUUCAAAUCGAACCGUUACACUUACCCGUAUUGACCUUAUUGUAUUGGAUUUAACCAAAUAUCGUUUUUGUAACGCGAAUACUUUUUCCUAUGGUCAUAUUUUACGUUAAGCUCAGAGAAUCUCAAUGUUUUAAUUGAGAUUGUGUUAAAAUUAAUUUACUUAGAAUACUUGCAUGUAUUAGAUUUGUAUAUUAGCCUCGCCUUUCGUAGUGCAAUAGUAAUUCAGUCUCAAAAUAUGUAUGAUCUUAAACAGUAUUUUUAUAAUAGUACCCUGUAGCUACAAUAAUAGGUCGUAUAUAAAUUGUCACAUCAAUAUGAAAGACAAAAGUGAAAUAACAUUAGUUAGUGUUAUCGGAAAAUUACGGAAAAAUAAAGAUAGAUUAAUGAAAUAUUAUUUUAAUGAAAAAAGGACUAGUUUAUUUUGUGUGAUUAAAAUCAAGUACAUUUUCCCAAGCUUGUGUAUUCAGCUAUUAAUGUUAAAUUUCUUUCAAAGUCCGUGGCGCCCUUACAAGUUUAAAAUUGAAUCUCACCGCCGUACCCUAGCUAAGCUAUUAGAAAUAAAUAGGUAUGUACGUAUGGUGAGGACUAUUGCCUUACGGCGGCGCCCCUCUUUAUACUGUUUACGGCGUAUCAGGGCGCUGCGCCGCACAGUUUGGGAACCCCUGAUGCAAUAUUGUUUUUGUAAUUUGUGUCCAAAACAACUUUUUGCCACGCUCUACUCUUUUGAUUAUAUUUCAAUUGUUUGUGAUACGUAGAUGAUAGAAAGAACUUUAUUCAUUAAGUUUUUAGAAAAAAAAAAAUGACAGCUAUACCAUAGAAUA